CUCGUAAAUAAUUUUUAUUUGUAAAUAAUUUAUUUGGAGUCUAUUUAACACUUUUAUUGAACGUCCAUUUUUAUCGGAGCUUAAAAUUACUAUAAUGAUAAUGGUUGUGAAGGCAGCAGUAACCGUUGAGUCUAAAGAAGGCAACGUGAGCACAAACUUUUGUGAAAGGUUCGGUUCACUUCUUAAAAUGGCUGAAGACUCUUGGGCGUUAGCAGUGGACGUUCAAGAGGCGACAACGCCAUCAUUUCAGUUUCAGUUCUCCAAAAAGAUCAACAGAAUACGAGGUCCAUUAAACGUGAAGGAAGACGUAAAUGCCAACGUGGUGCAGAACAAGAUCCAAAAUGAAGGGGGUGAAGGAGAUGGCGACAAAGUUGACCUUGCCGAACAGUCUUUGCUUAAUAAAUUGAUCCGCCACUCUCUGGUGAAGAACCGGAACCAAGUUGAGGUCCAGCAGGCGGAUCCCAGCUCUCCUCUGUUCUCCGUGAAGACUUUCCAGGAGCUCAGACUGAAACCUGAAUUGUUGCAAGGUGUCUUCAGCAUGGGAUUCAACAGACCGUCCAGGAUCCAGGAGAAUGCUUUGCCUCUGAUGAUGGCGGAACCACAUCAGAACCUGAUUGCUCAGUCGCAGUCUGGCACUGGUAAGACUGCAGCUUUCUCUCUGGCCAUGCUGAGUCAUGUGAACCCUGACAAUACCUGGACUCAGUGUCUUUGUGUUGCGCCAACGUACGAGCUCGCGUUGCAGAUCGGCCAAGUGAUCGAACAAAUGGGCAAAUUUUGUCCAAAUGUGAAACUGGCCUACGCCAUUCGAGGGAACAGAAUGGAGCGACAUGUCAAGUUGCAAGAGCAGAUUGUCAUUGGAACCCCAGGCACUAUCCUUGACUGGUGCACCAAGUACAAGCUUAUUGACCCACAGAAGAUCACAAUGUUUGUGUUGGAUGAAGCUGAUGUGAUGAUCGCAAUGCAGGGUCAUCGGGACCAGAGCAUCCGGAUCCACAGGCUGCUCAACAAAGACUGUCAGAUGCUGCUGUUCUCUGCAACGUUUGAGGACUCUGUAAUGAAGUUUGCCGAGCGAGUGAUUCCCGAUCCUAAUAUAAUCCGACUGAAACGAGAAGAGGAGACGCUGGACACAAUCAAGCAGUUCUAUGUGCUCUGCAGGGAGAAGGAGGACAAGUUCACAGCGCUCUGUAAUCUGUAUGGGUGUCUGACUAUUGCACAGGCAAUGAUCUUCUGCCACACAGGAAAAUUACAGAGACCUCGCCAAAAGCACAAAGCAUUCUGGACUCGGAAGAUGGCUGCCUGGCUGGCCUCUAGCCUGAUAAAGGAGGGCCACCAGGUGGCGCUGCUGAGCGGGGAAAUGGCAGUGGAACAGAGAGCCGCUGUCAUCGAACGCUUCAAAAACGGCAAAGAGAAAGUGCUUGUGACCACCAAUGUGUGUUCCAGAGGUAUUGAUGUGGAGCAGGUGUCCCUUGUGGUGAAUUUUGACCUCCCGGUGGAUUUGGAAGGGAACGCCGACAACGAGACCUACCUGCACAGGAUCGGCCGCACAGGACGCUUUGGCAGAAGAGGCUUUGCUGUCAACAUGGUGGACAGCAUAAACAGCAUGGAAAUCAUUAAGCAAAUUGAAAUGCAUUUCAACAGGAAAAUUACAAAACUCGACACCAGCAACCUUGAGGAAAUGGAGAAGAUGACAAUUUAAUGUUCUGCUGCUUUCCAGUAGUUGACACUGUUUACAUUGUGUCACAUAGUUUGUUUUCUGCUAGUUUGCUAUAAGACACUGUUUCUGGUACUUUUUUUUUGUUUGUUUUUGUUCAGAUUUUUUGAGCUGCUUCAACACUGAGGUUGUACAGUCACCAUAGGCUGCUAAAAGAUGUGUGUUUGCAGUGUUAUUGUUAAGUGAAAUAUCUGUUAUAUUAUGUGACAUGUAUGUAGUGUAUAUAUUUUUUCAUGACAUGUUUGCGGUUGUUUGAAAAACCUGUUUCAGCCCAGUGGGGACUUCAGUGUCAGUUUCAUAAUGCAUUUCUGUGCAAUAUUGUUUUAAAAAAAACAAACAUACAAAAAAUCUUCUCUGCUGUUUCUGGCUUCCUGUGUUCAGUCGUGUUGAGCCUGUAUUAAAUACAAGAAUCCAUCUCUUCUUUUUUUUUUUUUUGCAAUUUGUUUGAAUAAAUUUGUCAGAGUGACCAGCAAUCAUCCGAA